CUCCCAGAGAUAGAGCGAGGACUGACGCUUAAUACGCAUGCACGAGCGUGGUCGUACGUCUGCGCACGCGCGCGAGGUUGGGGGCGGAAUCCUCUGGAGAAGUCUGGCCCCUGGGCUGUACCUGCCUGGUCUCUAUGGCGACAGGACGCGGUCGGCCCUCGCGGCACCGCUUGCUGGGCCAACAGGAGCCGCGUGGACCCUAUCACGGCGGCGGCACGGCCUGCGGCAGGACAGGGGCUGCGGCUGGGUGCUCCGGGGCGUCCCGCUUCAGGAGACCGUCAGGGCCAGCGGGAGGAGUCCGUGUCGCGAGAAAGGGACGGGGUGUCAAAAGCAGUGCAGGCGAUACUGCCCUGAAGCAAUAUGCCCAAGGAAGUCCGUACUGGGAUAAAUCGUUCUCUAACUGUUCUGUGUACUUGGAUAGGAUGCCUUCAGAAAUCCUGCUGAAGAUAUUUUCCUACUUGGAUGCUAUAAGCCUGCUGUGUACUGGCUGUGUGAACAGGCGGUUUUAUCAUUUGGCCAAUGACAAUUUUAUUUGGGUCAGAAUCUAUGCAACAGCAUUUUCACCUAAAAGAUCUAAUUGGAAAGUUAAUUCAGUAGAGGAAACAGCUGUGUCUGUGAGCUUACUGUCCGUUGAGGAUAAGGAAGCUGGAUAUUGGAAGAAAACCUAUAUUACAAAACAGAUCACAUCUGUGAAAGCAGCAUUAACCCAGGUUCUCAAACCUGUCAGCCCUUACACAGGCCUUCCCGUGAAGAUCAAAGAGGCUCUCAGACUAUCUGGCUUAGGUUGGGGAAUUAUAUUGAAAGAAAAAAAUGGAAGAGAAUAUAUCAUUCCCCAUGUUGAUUUUUCUUUAAAUGAUACAUCUGUUACUGUUGUGUGGUAUGGCAAAAAUUGGCCUUGUUUAGCUACACUGAUAACCUUGAAUUUGUGUGGUAUGACACCAGUUUUUAUGGACCGGUAUAAAGCCUAUGCCAAACAUGGACCUCGAUGGCAUUCUUUAAUUGCAAAGUAUGAUCUAAGACAUUUAAAUGAAUCAACCAUGAUUGGCUGUGACAGACUUAUUCGAAUCUUCAGCCUAGACCCUGGUCUCGUGGUAGGGGUAUGGAAGAAGGAGGAAGAACUGGCUUUUGUCAUGGCAAAUCUUCAUUUCCAUCAUCUCGUGGAGAGGAGCACAUUAGGCUCGGCCACUGUCCCCUAUGAGCUGCCUCCUCACGUUCCUUUUCUGGAUGACAACCCAGAGUAUGGACUGCAUGGCUACCAACUCCACAUUGACAUGCAUGGUGGUGGAGUUUUCUUCCUGUGUAGUACAUUUCGCAAUCUCUUCACUAUGAAAGGAUGCAUUGAAGAUGGAUUUGUUCUGCAUUUUCCCUAUCUACUUUGCCCUGUGAUGUGCAUCUUACCUCUAUUCAGAUGUCUGUCUGAAAAAGUUUUUCCUAUAAGUGAAGAUUUAGUUAUAUUAUUGUGUUUCACAAUCACUUUUCAUUUGCACUAAAUGGACCAUGGAGCCUAAUAUUCUGAAAACUGGACAGUUCUGUGGGCUCUCUUACAACACAAGAGUUCUUGGAAGGCAGAACAUAUGUGUUGCAUGAUGGUGAAGGACCAUAAGUGGCAGUGAGGUUGCUGGCAUCCAGCUUUGAGUGAGUUAGAGGAGGGAUAGGGCUUGGCUUCAUGUGUUGGUAAGCACGUGUGAGGCCUUUUACUCAUUUAUGAAUAUUAUAAAGAUGUGUAUUUUAUGUGCUGGGUUCUUUUUCUUAUGUCCUUCUUCUUAUCUGCCGUUUUUCAUUUUCCCCUUUUGGGGGAAGUGUUAACAUGGACCACUCAUUUAUUUCCUUUAGUUGCCAUCUCUGCAUCUUAAUUCUGAAGCUCCAUAUUUCUUGUUCUCGGUUUCCAUUGUUGGACAGUGUGUUAGAGCUUGACCAGAUGCUAUAAUUUGGGUGUGGAACGUUCCCAGGGCAUUUGUAAUAAAGGCUUGGUCCUCAGUUUGGCACUAUUUAAAGAUGGUAGAAACCAUUAAGCGAGUAGGGCUUUGUGGGAUGUCUUCAUGUAAGUGGGGCAUGCUCUUGAAGGGGCUGUGGAGCAGUACGUUUCCAGCUGCCAUGUGGGUAGCAGCCUGCUCUACAGUGUGCUCCCUGCCAUGAUACACUGCCUUAGCAUAGACCUAGAAGUAAUGGGGCCUAGCACCCACCAAUUUUAUAUGUUGAUUUCCUCAGGUAUUUCAUACAGCAAUGGGAAGCAGACUAACGCGCCAAGUGAGAAAAGACUUUUUAUAGACUUUCUGUUAGUGAUACCCAAGCUCUCUCUAGCCAUUUUUUCUGACUAACAUUGGCAUUCCUUUCCCAGAACAUACAUUCAUUUUUCUAUCACUGGGACAUAGAUAUUUUGCUCUAGCCACAGUACUAUCUGCGCUGAUAUCCCCUGGUGAAUCUGAAACUUAGCAGUAUGAGGUAUUCCUUGAGUGCCCAACCUGAAGACUCUUGAUUUGCUAUCCUUCAUCAGAAUGUAAUGAAAA